AUGGCGUCCAUCCUCCGGCAAAUCGUUGCCGGCCCCCGGUUACAACAUCCUGAAGCUGGUCUAGACUUAUGCUAUGUGACCGAUAACAUCAUCGCAACCUCCGGGCCCUCCUCCAACUACCCGCAACGCGCCUACAGAAACCCCCUGGACGAGCUCGUCAAGUUCCUCGACUCGAAACACGACUCCGACUGGUGUAUCUGGGAGUUUCGCGCUGAAGGCACCGGAUAUCCCGACUCAGAGGUCUACAACCGCAUCCAUCAUUACCCAUGGCCCGAUCACCAUCCGCCCCCGUUUGCGCUUAUCCCCGCCAUGACGGGCAGCAUGCGCAAUUGGAUUCAUCGGCUCGAUGAGCCUGGCACCAAGGAGCUGAAGGAUAAAAAGAAAGACAGAGUCGCUGUCGUCCAUUGCAAGGCCGGAAAAGGCCGUAGUGGCACUGUGGCCUGCAGCUACCUGAUAAGCCAGGAAGGGUGGAAGGCAGACGAUGCACUGCAGCGAUUUACCGAGCGGCGAAUGCGAGUCGGAUUCGGGGCUGGCGUGAGUAUCCCAAGUCAGCUACGGUGGGUGGGAUACGUGGAUCAAUGGACGAACCAGAUGGGGAAGAAGUAUAUCGAACGGCCGGUGGAGAUCCUCGAAGUGCAUGUGUGGGGACUGAGAGAUGGAGUCAAGGUCGCGGUAGAGGGGUUUGAGGACCAGGGGAAGAAGAUCAAGAAGUAUCAUCUGUUCCAUCGGAGUGAACGUACGGUAGUCGAUGAUGGGAAGUCGAAGACGAUGCCCUUAGACCCAGUUCUAAACGGACCUACCGAUAACAACAACAAGAAACAACCCCAAUCCGCCGCGACCUUUCCAGCCAGAACAGAAGACAGCCCUCAUCCAUCCACCGAUUCCCCCGCCAGAACAGACACUCCCCCGAAACAUCUCUCCGCCAUCGUCUUCCGUCCCAAGUCCCCCAUCAGCAUCCCCACCUCCGACGUGAACAUCGACUUCGAACGACGCAGCAAGGCCGCCUACACCGGCUGGGCCAUGGUAACAUCCAUUGCGCACGUCUGGUUCAACGCCUACUUCGAAGGAGGCGACCAACACGACUCCGGCGUCUUCGAAGCCGAAUGGGAAGCCCUCGACGGCAUCAAAGGCACAACGCGCAAGGGCGUCAAAGCCUUAGACCGACUGAAAGUCGUCUGGCGAUAUGCCAACCAACCAGGCACUUCCCACCCCGACACAGGAAGACCCAUCUCCGAGCCCAAGCCCGGUGAACCAAUUCCCGAAACUCAGCCACCGGACUGGCACAUCCAUAACGGCACUGGCUCCAACUCUGGUACUGACACCCCACGAGAUCAAGACGAUGAGAACACACCGCCGCCUCCCCCAUCUAAAGAGCUAGAGGCCGACAAGGACCUCGAAUCAGAACAAGACAGCAGCUCAACCAAACAUAAACAUAAAGACAAACAUACUACUAACGAGCACGACCACGACCACGACCACCCCAUCCUCUCAGACCUCAGCACCGCAGCCGCCUCCGCCAUGUCUUCAAUACCAGGACUAGGCAAACAGCUGGGUCUGCGCAAGCAAACCGACGAAAGCAAAGACGUGAGUCUUGCGGGCAGUAGCGGGGACGAGUCGGGGAGAAGUUCAGCUGCGCCUUCGCAGGCGAAGAAAGAUACAAAGAAUGAGUGGUCGUCUGUUGAUGAGGGUAAAUAG